AUCAACCGCAAUCAAACGAGUUCUCACCCAAUUCCACACACUAAACUCAUCAACAACCACAGAAAACCAUCAAAAUGGCGUCCCUCCACUACCUCCCUCCCGUCAAGCCCUCUGCCAUUGCUCUCGGCACGGCCUUCAACCACGCUGUCUCACUCGCCGUCCUCGGUCCCGUCUUUGGUGACGCAUACCGCCGCGCGGAGCAGGCAAACUCCAAGGAGGAGUACUUCCACUCCAAGGAGGCCGCCACCGCUGCCGCAACAUGGGGUAGCUCCAUCGUCGGCUCAGGUAUCCAGGCCUACGGUGUCGGAGCUCUGAUCAACGCUACUGGAACUCUCACCUACAAGGGCGCUGCCUACCUCGGAUCUCUCAUCUUCUUCGCCUCUGCCGCUCCCUCAAUCGUCUCCCAGGUCCUUACCGAGAAGCGCCCCAUGGACACUAUCGCCGUCGGUGCUCUUGCCCGUGCGCUCGAGACUGUCGGCCUCAGCAUGUUCCUCACCUACUGGGGAACCCGCACCAACCCCUUCGACUAAGCGUCGCGCUUCACAAGGGCAAGGGAGUUUUAGCAUUCUCAUCUUGGUGGUUUAGAUUGAAUGCCUCGGUCACAGAUACCAUUAGCUAAGAAAAGCCGCACAGAGCAGGCUUCUAUUAUGAUGUAAUACCAACAACUCAAUGAACAAAGUAAUUUCAA